ACUGUGAAUACAAUGCGAAAUUCUCUAAUAAUUCUCUGUUUUCUAUCGUUGACAUGGGUCAAUUUGAUUUCUGGCCGUAGCGUGGAUCAAGAUGCUCCAGUAUUGACUGACGUCGAAAAGCUCAGCAGGCUCGAGUUUCUUGAAAAACAUUCAGAGUAUAAAGAGCGACUGAGUGAAUAUGAGAAGAGCGAUUGUCAAAUGUUUAAAAACUCCACCGAUAUUUACAUCGUUUAUUUGCCUGGAAUUGAACCCUUUGCCGCACCCUGUGAAUCACGUAUUGAGGAUGGCGGAUGGACUGUUAUUCAGAGGCGACUCGAAGGCAACAUCAAUUUUCAGCGAAGCUGGAAUGAAUAUCGUGAAGGUUUCGGCGACUUGAGAGGAGAUUUCUUCAUUGGCUUGGAGAAGCUUCAUAGAAUGACCACCGCGCAUACACAGGAAUUAUUAGUCUUUUAUGAAAGAUCGCUUCUGGAGACGAAGCAAGAAAUGUACCGUAAUUUCUUAAUUGGUUCCGAACAGGAAGAAUAUGUGCUAAAGUCAGCAAAGUCGAACGGGUUACUUGGAUUUAGAGGAAAUAUUGGCAAAAAAUUCUCAACCUAUGAUCGAGAUAACGAUGAGUAUUGGUUGGAUAACUGUGCGAAAAUUUAUAACGGUGGCUGGUGGUUCGGCAAGUGCAUCCCAGAAGUUGUCGCCUCCAAUCCGAAUGGACCCUAUUUGCCCGAAGUUACCUCUAAAUCUAGGGGUAUUGUUUUUGCGGGCUUCAAAGGUAUUCGAGCAGUGCAAAUGAUGAUUCGUCCACAAAGGAAAGAGGAUAAAAAAGAUCCAUUUGGCUUGAAGUGGGAGUAGCAGCAUACAUUAAAUAAUUAAAUUAAAUGUAUUUUAUUAUUUGUGUUGCAGCUUUAAAAGUGCAACAUACGAUAUGCAACAUGUAACAUGAGUUGAAAUAAUAUGAUCCAACAGGAAAUAAAAAACAUUA